GCUGGCAAGCGGUUUUUAACGAGACGUAUUAAACGUAAACAUAUUCUGUUUGAAAAUGUCGCAAGAAAAUUUACUUGAACGGAAGAACGUUUUGGUUGACUGUUCUGAAGUGGAGCUUGAAACAUCUAAAGACAUUUGUGUUAAGCUGCUCUGUAAACUCAAGGCCGAAGGCAGUGAGGAACUUUCGUCCCUGUUAUGUUUCAAGCAAGACUUGAUAAAAGGGAAUCUUGAGCUCAGUGAGGAGAUGCAGAACCUGAAGAAAGAAGUGGAGGCACUUAAAAAUCAGUCAUGUUCCACACAAGACUUGUCAAAAGAGAAUUUGGAGCUCAAGGAGGAGAUACAAAACCUGAAGAAAGUACUGAAGAUACAUCAAAAUCAGGAUGUGACUCAUGAAGGUUUGGAGGCUGUUCUCAAUGACAGGCUUCAAACUCAGACACUGGAAGCUGUGACAGUCACAGGUCCACUACAAGAGAAGCACGAGCACCUGGAGGAUCGUGUGAAUCGCCUGGAAGGAGAGCAAGAAAAUGUACUGGAUCAAGUAAGUCAACUGAAACCUCAGUUGAUGGACACUGCAGUGGCCGAUAGAAAGAAGGGAUAUGAGUCGGAGCACUUGGACAUGGGCCCAGCGAACGUGUCGGAGAGUUCAGGGUUAGUUGAGAAGCCUACCAAGUCUGAGGUGACAGCCAGCCAGGUCAGAGAGCAGAGAAAGCAGAGAGACCAGAGAGAAGCCAGAGGACAAAAGCAACAGCUUCAUCUGCAAGCUUCAUCUGCUGACCUCAGGAAUGCAGUGCAGAAGCUGGAAAAGGAGAUGCAAAAUGUGAAGCAAGAACUGCUGGCUCUCAGAGUGGACCAGAAUAGAGGCCUAGAUAAGGAAAUGCAGGAUAAGCAGGACAGCCUCCAGGCCAUGCUAGAUAAUAAGAUGGCAUCUUUAUCCUCUAUGCUGUCAUCGAGCCAACAGCAGGGAGAUCAGGAAUCCCCAGCAGGUUCAUUGGGUGAGGAAGGUACUGCUCAACCUGCACAGCUAUCAGGCUUGGUGGAUCAGAGAACUCUCAAGCAGCUAGAGCCCCAAAGGCUAUCGGGCAUGGUGGAUCAAAGAACCCUUGAGCAGCUAGAGCCCCAACGUCUGUCGGGCUCGGUGGAUCAGAGAACCCUCGAGCAGCUAGAGCCCCAACGGCUAUCGGGCUCGGUGGAUCAGCGAACUCGUGAGCAGCUACAGCCCCAACGGCUGUCGGGCUCAGUGGAUCAGCGAACUCGUGAGCAGCUACAGCCCCAACAGCUAUCAGGCUCGGUGGAUCAGAGAACCCUUGAGCAGCUAGAGCCCCAAAGGCUAUCAGGCAUGGUGGAUCAAAGAACCCUUGAGCAGCUAGAGGCCCAAAGGCUAUCAGGCCCGGUGGAUCAAAGAACCCUUGAGCAGCUAGAGCCCCAACGGCUGUCGGGCUCAGUGGAUCAGAGAACUCUCGAGCAGCGAGAGCCGCAGCAGCUAUCGGGCUCGGUGGAUCAGCGAACUCGCGGGCAGCUACAGCCCCAACAGCUAUCUGGCUCGGUGAAUCAGAGAACUCUUGAGCAGCGAGAGCCCCAACGGCUAUCAGGCUCGGUGGAUCAGAGAACUCUCGAGCAGUUAGAGCCCCAAUGGCUAUCAGGCUCAGUGGAUCAGAGAACUCUCAAGGGGCUAGAGCCUCAACGACUAUCAGGCUCGGUGGAUCAGAGAACUCUCGAACAGUUAGAGCCCCAACGGCAAUCUGGCUUGGUGGAUCAGAGAACUCUCGAGCAGCGAGAGCCCCAACGGCAAUCUGGCUUGGUGGAUCAGAGAACUCUCGAGCAGCGAGAGCCCCAACGGCUAUCAGGCUCAGUGGAUCAGCGAACUCUCGAGCAGCUACAGCCCCAACGGCUAUCGGGCUCGGUGGAUCAUAGAACUCUCGAGCAACUGCAGCCCCAACUGCUAUCGGGCUCGGUGGAUCAGAGAACUCUUGAGCAGCUACAACCCCAACGGCUAUCUGGCUCGCUAGAUCAGAGAACUCUCGAGCAGCGAGAGCCCCAACGGCUAUCAGGCUUGGUGGAUCAGAGAACUCUUGAGCAGCCACAGCCACAAUGGCUAUCUGGCUCAGUGGAUCAGAGAACUCUUGAGCAGCUACAACCCCAACGGCUAUCUGGCUCGCUAGAUCAGAGAACUCUUGAGCAGCGAGAGCCCCAGCGGCUAUCGGGCUCGGUGGAUCAGAGAACUCUCGAGCAGUUACAGCCCCGACGGCUAUUGGGCUUGGUGGAUCGGAGCAUGAAUACAAGUGAGCUGUUUGACCGCUUUGAGAAUCUGGAGAGCAUCGUUGCUGGUCUUAUGAAGCAGGAAACCAGUGGCCGGACAUUCCAAACCACUAACCUUGCUGAGUAUGAAGCACUCCAUUUUAAAAUCACCGAGCUGAUGAAGGAACGUGAGCAGGAACAAAGUCAUAUUGCGCACCUGUACAAGACUGUGAAGGAGCUGGACGAGAAGAAGGCAGACAAGAAGGCAAUGAAAAGUGGAGAUAAAGGCAUUACAGCAGAUAUGCAGGCACUGGAGGCACGGGUCCUGGUGUGUGAAGCAACAAUAGAACGGCUGAACAGGAUGUUGCAGGAUCUACCCAACAUCACAGAGCAUGAGGAGAAUUAUAAUAAGGUUAUUGAGAAAAUCUCCGUGGAACUGGACUGCAAGUUGAACCGCACUGAGCUGGAACCUCUGAAGAAGCAGGUAAAGAAUUGCCAGACAAAAAUUCAGAAGCAGCUAGAGGCCCAACUUUCCCCACCCUGUAAUGAUGCUGCUGUUGUCAAGACCCAGUUCACAGGGUCCUGCUGCCUCUCCUGUAAUCGCACUGUCAGCAUGAAAGCUCCUGGACCACCCCUGCCGGUAUUGCUCAGACCUCCAAAUUUUCCCCUUCCAAAGCAUUGCGGGAGGAGUACAGGACAGAAGUUGGAAGAGGAGGUGCAAAAUGUGAAGCAAGACUCGCUGGCGCUCAGAGUGGACCAGAAAAGAAGGCUAGAUAAGGAAAUGCAGAAUAAGCAAGGUAGCCUCCAGGGCACGCUAGAUAAUAAGAUGGCAUCUUCAUCCUCUAUGCUGUCAUCAAACCAGCUGCAGGCAGAUCAGAAAUCCCCAGUAGAUCCAUCAAGUCAGGAAGAUGCUGCUCAACCCGCACAGGUAUUAAGCUUGGUGGAUCAGAGAACUCUUGAGCAGCUAGAGGCCCAACUUUCCCCAACACGUAAUGAUGCUGCUGUUGCCAAGACCCAGUUCACAGGGCUCUACUGCCUCUCCUGUGAUCGCCCUGUCGAAAUGAAAUCUGGACCACCCCUGCAGAUAUUGCUCAGGUCUCCAAGUAUUCCCAUUCCAAAGCAGUGCGGGAGCCAGUUCACAGGGUUCUACUGCCUCUCCUGUGAUCACCCUAUCGACAUGAAAUCUCCUGGACCACCCCCCACUGGUGUUUCCAAGGCCUCCAAGUUUACCCCUUGGAAAGCAACACCAGAGGCUGAGGCCAUGCACUAAACUGGGUCAGAGAGAGACUGACAGCUGCAGUUUCGAUGGGCACGUCUACAAGGAAUGUCCAGACACUAGUUAUGUGAAUGCUAUGGAAGUGAGACCGCCCACCUUCUCUU